AGUGGACCAGGCCCCCCCCCAAGGGGAGCGACUUUUUGGGGAAGGGGCCGCUGGUUCCCUGCGGCCCCGUAGAAGGGGCCGCUGGUUCCCUGCGGCCCCGUAGAAGGGGCGCUGAUGGGCCCGGUUGAUGCCCAGGAGCCUGAGCUGCCCAGCCUCCUGGUGGGCGACCUGCUGAUCCGCCACCCCGACCUCGCGGGCCUGGAUUCCCCGGCCGAGCUCUUUGCAGUGGACGCCCCGGAGGCUGCAAGCCCGCCCCGCUGGGGCAUCUUCUGGGCUUCUGCUUUCAGGGACGCGCCACCGCUGCCAGAGGCCUUACGCGCCCAGCUGCCGGAGGAGGGCGGCUUUGUGGCGAGGCCCCUGGUCUUGCCGCCCCACUCUUUGCGCCUCAGCAAGGGGCGCUUCUUGCAGGCGCCGCGCCGGGAGCUGCACGCAGAGCUGGGCUUUCCCGAGCCGGCGCUCAUCAGCAACGAGGUCUUCGCGGAGCUGCGGUAUGGCCUGGCGCCCUCGGUGGUGCAGCGCCUGGACUUCGAGGACAUCCGCGAAGGCACGCUGCGGCUCUUUGCCAUCCCGGGCUUCGAGGGUGAUGUGCGCCUGGUCAUGGUGGUGGACGAGCAGGCGGCCGCCGCAGUGGCCCAGAGCCUUGUCCAUGCCGAGGGAGGCGUGCAGCGGAAGCGGCUGUUGGACUUUCUGCAUGCGGCCGCGGCCUCGCCCUGCGCGGCCAAGUGGCCCUGCAGCGGCGAGGUGAUCUCUGGGGAGGUGGUGGAGAGCCUCUUACAGAGGCCGGCGGAGGCGGAGCGCGAGAGCAACGGAACCGAUGGGCUUUUCCCGCACCAGGCUGCCACCAUCGAGUGGAUGCAGCGCAUCGAGCGCCGGGGUGUGGAGAAGCUGCAGGUGGAGCCGUUGCGCUUCGCGGGGGUCGCGCUGGGCGCGAGCUACCAGCUGCAGCUGCCCUGCGGGGGGGUGAUCGCGCACCCCCCCGGCUCAGGCAAGACCCGCAUCAUAGCGGCCCUGGUUCGCGAGACCUCAGGCCCCGCUGAGGGCUAUGCUGCUUCCUGGCUUCGUUGGCUGCUUACCUGCGGGGAUGAGCGCCAGGCUCCGCUUCGGCGGGCUGAGGUGCGGACUGCGUGGCAGGCGCUGAAGGGCGGCUGUGCCACGCUGAUCGUGGCGCCGGCGCAUCUGCGGCAGCAGUGGUUGGAGGAGCUGCGGGGGCAAUCUGCUGCUCACGCGGCGGAGGUCUUGGACUACGAGGCGGCGGGGGCCCUGGGAACCAGCGCGGCCUUUGGUCGGCUGGUCGUGGACGAGCCCCAGGACUGCCCCGGCUGCGCCUGGCAGCCGCUGCAGCGCCUGGCGGAAGAGUUCCGGGAGACAGGGCGCGGGGUGUGGCAGCUCUGCGGCACCGCGCGGUCGCACCUGGACUCGUUGGGCCCUCUGCUGCUGGGCUGGCGGGGCUGGCACGUGGCCUGGCGCCAGUCCGAGUGGACAGGCCAACCCCAGCUGGCGCACCUGAUUCGCACGCGGUUCCUGGCGGACCCUCCCUGGGCGUGUUUGCCGCGCCCGCCCCUGGAGUGGCACAAUGAGGCGGUGGUGCUGCGGCCCCGGGAGAGCGCCGACGUGGCGGUGGCCAACCUCGCGGGCUUCGUGCUGGACAGCGUGCUGCUGCUCUCCUUCGGAGCCUCGGCGGCCUUUGCGGCGGCCCAGGAGAGGGACCAGCUGCUGAUGCAGAUGGGCUGGUACAACUGCGUGGGUGCCUCGCUGCUGCCGGUGGCGGAGCACGCGCUGGCGGACUGGGAGGGCACCGUGGCCUCGCGGUCCCAGCAGAAGCUGCAGAAGCUCGGGGAGGAGAUCGCCCGAUUGGAGGCCUCGGAGAGCCAGCAGGGCCUGCGGUACCAGCUGGCGGGGGGCGACGCGGCGCUGGCGCCGGACCUGUCCUUCUUGUCCGUGGAGACGGUGCGCGUGGCCGUGGAAGGCCUGCGAGACACAGCCGCCACGUUCCCGGCCUGCGCCGCGGAGUGGAACGCCCUGUUGCCGCGCGGCAGCUUUCGAGGCGUGUUGCGGUGCGAGAGCGUGGGGGGCGGCUUCGACGGGGCGGUGGCGCUGCUGUGGGAGGCGGCGGACUUUGCGAAGGCGGCAACGGAGGCGCAGGCCGCGGGCGCGGUGGCGGCGAUCUUCGCGGCGGCGGAGCAGGAGCGGCCCUUUGGGUACCGCCACGAGGAGACGCCCCCAGGCAUCCCCUGCUGCAUGGUGGGCCCCGCGCUGGCGGCAGAGCUGCUGGCGGCGCUGGAGAUGAGGAAGGAGCUGCAGGUGGAGGUCCGAGUACUCGUGCAGGAGACGGCGGAGGAGGACCGGGAUGUGGAGGAGGGCCUGGUCUCGGCCUUCAUCGCCAACGACGCGGUGGAGUCCGAGCUGCAUCGCCGCCUCCAGGCGCUGCGUGGGGAGCGGGAUCGCUGUGAGCGGUCCCUGCGCUUCGCUCGGCAAAUGCGGCAUUUGCUGGAGAGGAACGAGGCCCACUGCCCGGUGUGCCUCGCGCAGGGCGAGGAGGCGGAGGCCUUCGCCGUGCUCCCGGACUGCUUCCACAUCCUCUGCCGCGCUUGCCUUGAGCAGCAGGCGGGCAUGGGGCCCAGCUUCGCUUGCCCCAUGUGCCGCAUCUCCGUCUUUCGCCUCGACAUCGUGGUCUUCCGCGCGCCCGGGCGGCGGCCUGCUGUGGUCGUGCCGGACGGAGAGGCGCCGAGUGCUGAAAGCGAGGCUCUGGAGACCGAGGUGCCCUCAAAGUUGGAGCGCCUGCUGGCGCUUCUGGGGCAGAUCCUGGCGGACCCAGAGGAGCGUGUGCUGGUGUACACCCAAUGGGCCACGCACGUGGUCUACCUUCAGAAGGUCUUGGAGCAGAGCGGCUUGCCCGCCCUUGCGCUGGUGGGCGAGCUCCGGGACACCAUGGACGUGCUGAGCCGCUUCGGCUCGGCCGGCGCCCCCCGCGUCUUGUUGCUGUCCAGCCAGCGGCACUCCUCCGGCAUCAACCUGCAGAUGGCGCGGCACGUGGUCAUCGUGCACCCCUACUGCACACCCACGGCGACCAGCCAGGACUCCAUCAGCCGCCUGCAGAUGUUGGCCUUCGAGGCCCAGGCCAUCGGCCGCGUCCGCCGGUUCCCACAGAAGAAGGCGGUGCAUGUUCACCGGCUCUUUGCGGUGGGCUCUGUGGAGGAAGAGCUCUACAGGAGGUGAAAUGUGGAAAGCGCGAGAUGAGAGGAGUGUCGCCGACCAGCCCGCUGAGCGCGCAUCUUCCGAAGCGGGCUGCGUCCUUCAAUUCGGCGCCUCGGUUUUUCAGAACGAAAAAGAAGGGACUGGAGCAUGCCGAGAUGGGGAAAGGUGUUUGCGCGA